AACGCGCAGAACAAUGAGGUAGCAGGCAGCAGCCAUUUUAUGUCGGUGGUUAGAAAAACAUAAUUCGAAUGGCCAAUUUUAUCGAAAUUCUGUAAUUAGUGCUUUAAUUUAUGUGUUUUUGUGCUCGCUUCUAUUAUUAGGCGAUACUUCUCAUAAGUGAGUGGUGGGGAGUUGAAGAUGAGUAGGAACAACGUUCGCCAUUAGUUUCCCGACUCACUGGGGCGUGGGCGUCGGGGGCGUGGCUCGGGGCGUAGGCGUCCCCGUGCCACCCCCCGGCGACCUGCUCGCCACUAUAUCCAUGUUCGAGCAGCAGAUCAAGGCCGAGCCUAUGAGUUUCUACACUCACCCCCAUAUCAACUCGGCACCUUCGUCAAUAGUCCGCUCGGAAGUCAACCAUGGCAUCAUCAACAUGAACCAGCACCACCAUCAGGAGGACUCAAAGGACAGCCUUAUACAACACCAUCAGCAAGAGCUAAUGGAACAACAUCAACAACAGGACUUGCAGCAGGAUGAUGAUGUUGAUAAUCUCAGCUUUAAAGGAAUGGAUGACGAAGGUGUUGAGAUGGAUAUGGACGGUCAACAAUGCAACCAGGGAAUGGGCGUCGAUAUGGGUGGAGUGCAGACUAAAAUGGAAAUUCAGAAUGGGCAAGGAUUGCCACGAUCAAAGCCACAGGCGUGUAAAGUGUGUGGGAAGGUUCUAUCAUCAGCAUCUUCAUAUUAUGUCCAUAUGAAGCUCCAUUCGGGCAACAAACCUUUUCAGUGCACGGUUUGCGACGCGGCGUUUUGUCGCAAGCCGUACCUGGAGGUACACAUGCGCACGCACACUGGCGAGCGUCCAUUCCAGUGUGAUCUGUGCCUCAAACGAUUCACACAAAAAUCCAGUCUUAACACGCACAAACGAGUUCAUACUGAUGAACACUUACGCGCCUUGUCGGAGAAGGAGCGGCCGUUCACGUGCGAAGUGUGUCACAUGCGCUUCACGCAGAGCUCCAGCCUCAACCGGCACAAGAAACUGCACACGGAAGAGCACAGACGAGCCCUGUUAGAGAAAGUGCGGCCGUACCAGUGCCACAUCUGUUUUAUGCGCUUCACUCAGAAGUCCAGCCUGGGCCGACACGGAAAAAUUCACACCGAGGAACACAUCCAAUCGCUGGUCAACAAAGUGCGCCCCUAUCAAUGCGACAUCUGUGACAAGCGGUUUACGCAGAAGUCAAGCCUCGGCACUCAUAAACGUAUACACACCGGCGAGCGGCCAUUCCAGUGCACCGUGUGUCUCAAGUCGUUCACGCAGAAGUGCGCGCUCAAUUUACACGAAAAGAUACACACGGGCGAGCGGCCGUAUCAGUGCGACGUCUGCCUGAAGCGCUUCACGCAGAAGUCCAGCCUCAAUAUACACAGGCGGACGCACACAGUGCAGGGCAGGCCGUUCCAGUGCCUGUCGUGUCCCGCCGCGUUCACGUGCAAGCAAUACCUGGAGAUCCACAAUCGCACGCACACGGGGGAGCGCCCGUACCAGUGCGACAUCUGCCUGAAGCGCUUCACGCAGAAGUCCAGUCUCAACAUCCACAAGCGGACGCACUCAGUUCAGGGUCGGCCAUUUCAAUGCCUGCAGUGUCCGGCGGCAUUUACUUGCAAGCAAUACCUGGAGAUUCACAAUCGCACGCACACGGGGGAGCGACCUUACCAGUGCGAUGUGUGCCUCAAGAGAUUCGCUCAAAAGUCCACGCUUAAUAUACACAAACGAACGCACACAGAACAAGGUCGGCCGUACCAAUGUAUGGAGUGUCCGGCCGCGUUUACGUGCAAGCCGUACCUCGAGAUCCACAUGCGCACGCACACAGGCGAGCGCCCGUUCCAGUGCGAUGUGUGUUACAAACGCUUCACACAGAAAUCCACACUCAACAUCCACAAACGCAUCCAUACCGGAGAGCGACCGUACGCUUGUGAUAUUUGUCAAAAAAGAUUUGCAGUGAAGAGUUAUGUAACUGCCCAUAGAUGGUCGCACGUGGCCGACAAGCCGCUGAGCUGCGAGCGGUGCUCGAUGACGUUCACGUCCAAGUCGCAGUUCGCGCUCCACAUUCGCACGCACGCGACUGGCCCGUGCUACGAGUGCAGCGUGUGCGGACGUAGCUUCGUGCGAGACAGCUACCUGAUACGGCAUCACAACCGCGUUCAUCGUGACAACCACAGUAACAUGUCGGCGCAGAGUGUGGGCGCCAUGAGUGUUCAGAGCGGAGGGAAUGCGACCAACUAUGAUUCUGCCGCAGUUUGCGACUUAAGCUUCGUGCCGAUGGUGAACCGCUAUAUGACGUCACAAGGCACGCAGGUCUCGCUGCAAGACUCGCACUCCAAGAUGUCUGCCAUGUCGCCGCAGUCUAUCGCAUCUAUUUCGUCUCCGCCGCCGCCGCAUACGCCCACCCCGCAGCCGCAGAUGACGGGCGGCUUGCGGAUCGUGGAAUGAUCGGCCGACGACUGCUGGCUCGCGCACAGCUCUCCAUUGAAGAUUGGGUCGCCCGAGUGCAAUAUAAGAAAGUUGGCAGCCAUCAACUUGAGCAGCUACAGAUAAUAUACUAACUAUAUUAUAUCAUAUAUAAAUCAUGUUGUGCCAGGCGCGCACUUAAAGCACAGAUUUAAAUUAUUUUAUAUUGAUUUAUUUAUUUUAUAAAUAUCCCUAUUUGGUCGGCAAUGUCGAGGUGGAUAUGGUUCGGUUGGAAAGGAUCCCUCAAGCUAAACUUAUGAGUCAAGGACUUAGUCAUUAGGGCUGUCGCUUUACCCUUGUUCAGUGUUCUAGCAUGUGUAAAUAUAGUGUAUUUGGGGUAAUGUAAAAGUAAUUACAACAAUUGAUUGACUGUCACGUUCAAUCUAAAAAUGUCUUACAAACAAAGUGUGCUUUAAGACCACACAACAGAAGUGAAAACUUUAGGCGAGAAUAAUAUACAAAAUACAACAAUUUUUUUGUUCCUUUUUCUUAUUAUGAUUAAGAAUAAUAUUUUCUCAAAAAAAAAAUAUCUGAAUGUUCUUACUCUCUUAGUCGACUUACCCAACUGAGUGUUACAAAGCCAAGUGUGGCAGCUCAGUCUCAUUCAAUAUCCACAAAUGAAUGCUCAGCUGUACGAAGUUUUCACUUCAAAACAUUUAAAAGUGUGUUGUAGAAAGUCAAUAACAUUAUCAUAGGUAUAUUAGUCCAUUAUGAAUAGUUGAGAUAUAUUUUUUGCGCGAUGUCAGCCCUAGUAGUGAUAGCGAGGUAGUGGUACCGCCUAUGUGUAUGCAAAAUGUGAUCUAGAUCCGCAUCUGUGAUUUAUAUCUACCAUCACAACUUUACUAUUACGUGGUGGCAUUCAUAAAUCGUUACUUAAAUAUCAUUCGCAGAACGGGGUCAAGUACUAGACUAUUAUUUUUAUAAAAUUUAAAACAAGUACAUAGAUUGUAAAGAUUUAUUUAACUCGGACUUAAGGAGCAGUAUAAAUGACAGGAUUGUGAAUAGUUCUACUAAUAUUUGUCUCCGUUCUGGACGUCAUUGAUAUAGUAUGUAGGCCUAAAUUUUUGAUCUCAUAUUCUAAUUUGCUUAGUGAUAAUAUCUUUGGAAAAGUCGAAGGCUAACUCGAAACUCUAAAUUCUAAAUUGGACGUCACGCGCUUAUCAUCCAUUAUCAUAAACUAGAUGUAGUUGUAACAAUUUCUUAUUGCGAUGCUUUAACUUAGAUGUCUGUGUAUAUGAAAUUCAAUAAUUUUUGUAAAACUUUCCGAUGAGAGGUCAAAUAUAUAUCUUAAGCCGAGAGGACUCUUUAGAUAAUACUCUUUCGUGAUCAGUGAGAACGCUUUAAUGAAAUGAAUAAAAAUGAAGAUAAUAAUGAGAGAAGUACAAAAUACUACCGAGUUGCCGAGUCCUUAGAGGCAAUAAUUCACAAAAUUAAAUAACUUUUAAUAUGAUGUAUAUUGGAGUAAUCCACAAAAGUGCCUGUUGCAACAUAAAAUUGGCAAUAUUUUUUAAUAGUAUUUCGUUCAUAGGGAUAUUUAUGUUUGGUGUUAGAGUGGAGAGGUCGUAGACCAUAGUUGUACAUGGUCGACAUUUGGGCAAUAAGUGAAUCAUUCUUCGGACUAACCUCCUCUGUACUACUCGUUUGUGAAGCUUUUUACUAUAACUCGUGCCUUCUAGCAAAUAACUAUGUUAGGCUCGGUUGUAGUGCAUUAUGCUGGGGUUGCCAACUACACAAUAUUACAAUACUCGCACAAGAUGUAAUAUUUCUUAAAACUUUUAUAAAAGAUAUAAGAGAGGGCGCUAUUUAACAAAAUUUGGAAAUCGCCAUUUUAGAGUUGUUGUUAUGGAAGCAAUUAGUAAAACACUUAAAAUAUCAACUGUUCAACUUUUCCGGUCCAACUUGCUGACAGGCAGACGGAAGACGGACAGAUAGCAAAGAUUUGAAGGUAACAAAAACAACCAUUGCGAAAUCUUUUGUCAGUGUAACAAAUUUAAGUAUUCUGCUAAAUAAUUUAGUGGGUCUUGACAAUCAGUUUAAUCAGCUUAAAAUGAGUUGGCAACCCCGGUGGCUGCACCGGUUCAUUUGCAUUUCACCCGUUGGAUCUCUUACGUACUCGUUGUAGUUCCGGCUCGUGUACCGAACAGUACAUAGGAUAUAAAGUCUAGUGAUAUAGCGCAGUAGUCUUCCAAUACCUCGAUUGAGACGCGGUGGGCGAGGGUUCCUUAACCAUAGUUUGCCAUUAUUGAUAUCAAAGAUAGCUUGGUGCCAUUUCUAUGUAAAUGAUGUGGUAGUGUAAGUUUAGUUAAGUUCGCCGGUCAGGGUAGUGUUGCAAAAUUAAUUAUUGUAAAGUUAUGUUCACCUUCGCGUGGUAAUACAGAUUUCUCAAGUUGUUUUUUUUAUUAUUUUUUUAUUAUUGGUUUGUUGGUUUACAGCGUGUUAUUCCCACUGCAUAGCCGUAUGUCGUGGGUCGAAAUUGUAAAUAUUGGUAGGGAUUAUUUAUUGGAAAGAAGAGGUGAUUCAAAAUUUUUAUAUUAUACAAAAUUCGAUUCGUUUUGUACAUAUUGCCUACAAGAAAGGGUGUCGAACUGAACUUUAUUUUGAAAUCUAGAUUGAUAGGUGAGAAGUAUACUUUUGGUAAUAGAAAUCGAAAUUUCCUCGUAGAUAUAUAUAUAUAUGAAUAAUAAUAUCAAUACCUGCAUACAAGUGAAUGUUGUCUCAUAGUCCUCUAUAUUUUUUUAUAUUUUGAUAGUUCUGUAUAUGAAACACGAAAAUAGGCCGAUGUCGUUUAUCGUUAAACUGAAUCAUAUAUUUGUGUGCAGUAGAGUCUCUGACAUGACGGAUGCAUUUAGAUUCUCAUACAUAUAUAAAUAUAGCUGUAACGACAUAUUAUUUUCCGCGUAUUUGAAAGUUAAGUUUCUACCAAGCCAUUGAGAGCAGUAUUAUUUAAUAGAAAGUAUAUGUUCCAUAUAUAUAUAUAUAUAUAGCAUACCUAUUGUAUACCAACCGUAGGUGCCGGGGGACAAUCGGUCGAUUACCAAGCCGAUAACUUAGUGACUUCUUGUUGUUAGUUUCGUGAUCGGAAUAGAGACACCAACUUAGUGAAGUUAGUUAUGUUAAGUAUAUUAUCGCGUGUCCAGUAUGUCGGCGACUCGGCGAGGUUGACACUUAGAUCUUAUAACUUACAAUUAGUGAUAUAUUUUUGUUAUAAUAUGUUCUCGUCUAUAUAAUAUUGAUUGUUUUUUACAUUUGUUUUUUCGUCGGCUCAUCCUAGUGGAGCCGGAGAGCGGUCCUCGUUACGACGUGUACCUCUAUAUUUACAACCCUUCUCUGUGUAUCCAAGGGAGAGAUAUAUUUCGUAAGUGGCUCGGACCCAGACCAGUCGAGACGCACAAAUGGCGUGCGCCCCGCCUACAUAUAGGUGCGGCCGAUAAUUGGGGGGCGUGUCCUCGAGUGCGUCUCCGCCCCAACUAUAUUGAAUACAAUACGAUGUUAGUUACUAAAUUAGUGUGUAAUGCUGUUUGGGUUUACGUAAUCGUCGGUUCGUUUAGUAUUUCUACUGUCUACUUAUUUGUCAACCGUAGAUAAGACUGAGUUAGGAUCCACAAUUUGAAAGAAUACUCAAUGUGGAUCGGCCCGCGAUCUGCCGGCUUCCAUCGGACCGGCCAGUGGAUGUUCGGUCAGCUUCGUCAAGGAAAUCGUACAUAUCUUAGCCGUUGCAUGUGGAUGUGUCGGCUCCGUGUCGGUCGGGGCGCCGUUUGGCCACGUGUCGUGCGACAGUGAGCCUUAUGUAAUCAUAUUUCUAAGGUACAUAUUUAGUUGUAUCGUAUUAGAAUAACGCGAACUUCCGCUUGUCAACAUGUUGCGUUGCUUACCUAAUUCAUAAUCAUACGAGAGUACAGCCUAAGGAUUUUAACGUUUUCUUUAUUUUGUAUACUGAGAGCUAUUUCUAAGUCACUCAUUUUGUACUAUUUAUAGUUGUUUAACAAAUUAUAUCGGCUGUAAGCCACACGUGAAGUUUUGGAGUGUUUUACAAUGAGUACUUUUUAAUUCCUAUUUUAUUGAAAUUCAACAAACAUCAUGGCAUGACGAUUCUUUGCGAAGGUCAUUUAGUUAUAGCUCUACAGAGUUCUUGUGGCCACGUUUGUUUAACAGCAAAUGUUCAUUUCCUUUUAUAUUGUUAAAAUUUUUAGGCUAUUUAUAUUUUAUAAGUUAGAUUUGUUAUCUGUGGUGUAACUCAUCACAUUGCACGUGAUCUAUCCUUUACAGCCUCCUUUACGUUAUUUAUAUUAUUAUUGUUUCUUAUUUUAUAGUCUGAUUUGUGAUAAAUUAUUUUAUUAAAUCAUUGAUUGUCUACUAACAAGAUUCCUUGUCGCGUAUUCAAGCGGUCAGAGCGUAUUCCAGCAAUAAGUAAUUAUCUAGCCUGUACACAGUCACAUUAUGGUAAUAUUGCAGUAGCGUAAUUCAGCGGUCUCCUUGAAAUUUAAACGCACUAGGGUUGGUACAUACAAAAAGAUUGACGAAGCGCACGACGCAGUGGCACUCAAUUGUUUUGUCUCCCCAAGUUAGCAGCAGCGGCUGUGUAAAUCGUAUGUAUGUGUGCGUGCGUCGAUUCGAACGCUAUAGUAUGAAGUGAAAGUACUGUUCUAUUACCAUAUUGUGACACAGCUGUGAAGACACAAAGAUUUACGUAAAACAUACGUAAUGUUUCAGACAUGCUGGAUUUUGGCCCCAGAGUUAUAUUAUAUAUAACUAUUUAUAUUAUAAUGUGUUAUUUGAGUAUUUCGUGUGUUUUCUUUGUUACCGCCGUUUUCUGGGAUUUUUUGUGAAAUGUUGGCACAGGUGUUAUUAUUAUAGUAGUUUAUGUGAUUGUACAUAAUGACGGGCAUGAAACACAAGUACGAGUUUAUAAUUUCAUAAUAUCACACGAGUUUUAUAAUGCCUAAUUAAGUACAGUUACAUACACUACCUUAUCUACCCACAUAUCAUAAGCCUGUAUGAUGCAUUCGAGAGCCGCUGCUAUGGCGGUAGUGAAAAGUUUUCUGGCAGCUAUCAUAGUGUUUUUUUAAUUCAGAGACAAACUAGAGUCGGCCCCAACUAUCAUAUCGUUCCAUAUCUUACGUGCAGCAUUUGUCAAAUUUGUUUGAAAAUUGACAAUUCAUUUCGAACUAAACGUCAUCUCGACGAUAUUAGAACAGAGGUCAAAUCAAAUAUGUUUGUUUUUCAGAGAUGUUCGAAAUUUGAAUGCAAUAAUAUCGAGAUCGUUAUAAUUUAGCAAUAAUAACAUUUUCGAGAUAAGAAAUAUGUUUUAAUAAAACAGUCUAUUUUUGUGGUCUAUAAUUUGUCCAUAGGUAGCGGUCAUCAAGGAGGAUGUAAAUAGUAUUUACUAAAUACUACGUUAUAAGAGGCCUAAGUAAAAAUUGAAAUUUAGUUUAGUAUGAAACGUGCUGUCAAUCAUUACAGUAUGGUGAUUGGCGACGCAGUAUAAUCCGGAAAAGUUUGAAGUUUGAACAGCUGCUUAAAACUUAGUGUGUUGUUAUGGUCCGAACGCAAUCAAUUGGGUCGGAAACCUGAUUGCUCAAUGACUGGUGACUUAACAACUUUCGUAAUACCUUGGAGGCUAUGUAUAGUAAUGUUUCCCCAGUCGAAUGUCAGCUUUUUUUAGAAUUGUUAUAAGAAGACAACGGUGGGUGGCUUCUCUGCACAGGACGCCGGCUAGAUUAUGGGUACCACAACGGCGUCUUUUUCUGCCGUGAAGCAGUAAUGUGUAAGCAUUACUGUGUUUCAGUCUGAAUGUUGCCCUAGCUAGUGAAAUUACUGGGCAAAUGAGACUUAACAUCUCAUCUCAUCCGCAGUGAAAACUUAUUCACAAAAUGCAUUGAUUUAUUUUCUUUAAAGACUAUGAGAAUUAUCUCUUCAAUUACAAUUCGUUUUACAUCUUACGGAAUACUUUGCGAAUACAUUUUUAAUAUAUUUUGCAUCUCUGAAGGUGAUCGAUCAGUCACCGAAAAGAUUGUUUUAUUCGCAAAAACAUGAGUUCUAGAGUUAGUAGUAGACUUCAUAAGAUACAUAAUUGCUUUAAAGGUAAAUGUAUACUCCGUUUCCCGUUGUUCGUUCCGUAUGUAAUCUCCGUUUUUUACAAGAUUAUAGCCGUCAUAUGUCUAUCUAUCAAUGACAGCACUUUUCAUAUAAUCGAGUGAAUUGCUUUUUUUCGAGUUUCGCUGGUGGUCAUAAUGCGCGGUUCUUGAACGCAUUAUGAAGGGUUUAUGAUAUGUGUGUAUAUAAAAUAUCAUAAAUUUAUUAUUUCUAUUACAGAUUGUUCUCUUAUAAUAUUGUAUCGUUAUUUUGUUUAGAGUAUAACUUUAAAUCAGGUUUAUCGAGUACAGAUGGUGGGGAGGCUGUAAGGGCCAUUAUGUAGUCAGCAUUAUAUAUAAUAUGCUUUAUUGUGAUUUAUUAAAUGUACUCUUUAUUAUAAUUAUUAAUAUUAUGAAACAAUAUAAUUAGCGGACUAACAAAGCGAUUUUUACUUUUGUUUAUUUCAUAGUGAUUUAUAUUGUCGGGAAUAAAUACAGAGUUUAUUUAAAUUUAUGAAAUUUAUACAUUGUGAAAAUAUUCGAAUUCGCUCGGUUUGUCGAGCUCAAAGAAAGUUUAUAUAAAUUCAGAAUACCAAGUCACGAUUCUUUUAGAAGUCGCCAUGUAGUGAAGAAAAAUAAACGUGCCAUGAUAUUUGUGGCUAAA